AUGAUCAUCAUUAUGGCACGUCCUUCGGUUUCGAUCCCGUCGUCGGUUAACAUUACCAAUCAGUUGAGUGAAAAAAUACUGAUUGUGCAUUGUCAAUCCAAAGACACCGACCUCGGAGCCCAUGCGUUAGCCGUUGGGGCUAGCUUUCACUGGAGCUUCGGGACGAAUUUCUUUGGGGGGACGCUCUUCUGGUGCAAACUCGCGGUCGAAAAUAGGCGUAUUUCUUUCGUGGCGUACAAGGAAUACUACGAUGUUUUCGGGAGAUGGCUUGUUUGUGACGAUGGACUUUAUGGGACUCCCAAGGAUCGUCCGGUCUUUCUGAAGGCUCAAUGGAUGCGACCAUAUAUAAGCACAUGA